AUCUCAAGUGAGUUUCACAUACUUUGCACAUGGUCGAGUGCUCUCAUAGAGGAAGUAGUUCUGCUCUUUGCCCCUUCUAUCUGUGUUAUUCUUUAAUAGAAUUCACAAUGUCUCAGUACAGCCAGGAUUCAGAUACUGAAGAGCUUUUUGAGGAUAUAGAUGAAGAUGAAAUUUUAGCAAAUUUGUCUCCAGAGGAACUUAAGGAACUACAGAGUGAAAUAGAGGUUUUGGCCCCUGAUCCCAGAGUUCCAGUGGGGAUGAUACAGAAGGAUCAGACGGGAAAAACACCAACUGGCCAAUAUGAUCAUAGGUCGCUCAUCGAUUAUCUACACUGGGAAAAGGAGUCAAAGCGCAUGUUGGAGGAGGAGAGGGUGCCAGUUACCCUAUUGCCAUCAGAGAGACUCAUGGCCAAUAAUGAUACAGAGAAACCAAAUAACCAAGAAAACAUAGAGAGAGAUUUUGAAGAUUUACCACAUUCCAUAAAGAAAAUAGAAACUGAAGGAAAUGCUGAAGGAAAUGCUGAAGAACCGGAAAGCCAAAGUGUACAACUAAGUGAGAAACCUGAGCAAAUGUGUGGUAUUUCAGAAGAGGAAUCAGAAACGCUACAAAAUUAUGAAGAUGUACCCCAGGGGAAUGAGAGUAUACCCCUAAAGUGUGAAAGUGUACCCCAGGCGUGUGAGAGUGUACCCCAGAGGUGUGAGAGUGUACCCCAGACAUGUGAGUGUGUACCCCAGACAUGUGAGAAUGUACCCCAGAUGUGUGAGAGUGUACCCCAGAGGUGUGAGAGUGUAGCCCAGACAUGUGAGAAAAAGGAGGAAAUCACAGAAAAAGAAUCAAACAAAGAAGAAAACACUAACAUCAAUCAGACAACAUUGGAUUCUACAGAACAAAAUGAAGACAAGAAACCAGUUGAGAAGAUAGGCAAACUAAAUAUACCAAAGAAAUUAGUGGUUGACACAAGUUUUAUGAAGACAAAUGCAAGGCCUUCAGGAAACCAAACCAAUUUAGACAGAACUUUGCAGAAUAUCCGUACAAACAACCAGGAAGUUAAAGAAGUAAAUUUAAACAACAUUGAGAAUAUUCCUAAAGAAAUGCUGGUGGAUUUUGUUAAUGCUUUGAAGAAAAAUAAACAUGUGAAAACAUUUAGUAUGGCAAACGUUGGAGCUGAUGAAAAUGUGGCGUUUACACUGGCUAACAUGUUGCGGGAAAACAGAAGUAUCACCACGUUAAAUAUUGAGUCAAACUUUAUCACCGGCAAAGGGAUACUAGCCAUCAUUAGAUGUUUGCAAUUUAACGAGACUUUAACUGAGCUAAGAUUCCACAACCAAAGACAUAUGUUGGGUCAUCAUGCAGAAAUGGAGAUAUCGAGACUGCUGAAAGCAAAUAACACCUUGCUGAAAAUGGGCUAUCAUUUUGAGCUUCCAGGCCCCCGGAUGGUCGUUACUAACUUACUGAGCAGAAAUUUAGACAAACAAAGGCAAAAGAGGAAAGAGGAGCAUAAACAGCAACAUAUAAAAGAAGAGGAGGAGACCAUAAUGAUGCUUGAGAAUGGCUUAGGGAUGGGCAUUCCUCCUGAACUUUGGGCGAUGUUGGGUAGACCUCUCCCUAACCCAAAAAUGGAAACGAUUCCCGAAGAGCCCUCAAUCCCCAAGUUAAAAAGUAUCAAAAAGAGACAAAUUACAGAGAACCCCACACAGGUUUUAUUAAAUGAAACUGUUUCCCCACCACCCUUCCAAGAAGUGAAGCUGAAGAGAUUUCAACCAAAGUCUACUGCCCAAAAACUAAUGGAGCAAACUGAUAAAACCAGCCUCAGAGACAUGAUACAACUUAAGAGGACAAGACCCAAAACAAACACAUCAGAAAGCUCAGUGCUAUCAGAGAAAACCAAUCUGAAGGACGUGAUAAAGACCCUAAAACCCGUGCCUAGGAGCCGACCACCACCCCUUGUUCAGCUCACACCCAGAGAUGAACUUUUAAAAGAUAUUCGUCACAGCAACGUGGCUUAUCUUAAAGCGACACCAUUACCUAAAGAUCUGGAGUAAAACAUUGCAACAGUUUAGAAAAUUAAGCCUUGAAAACAUUGCUGAUUUGUUAAGGGAAAGGAAGCUGAUAUGGUCAGCUGAUAUGGGAUCAACAUGUCACAUUUGUACCCUGUGCAAAUCGUUAUGGAAGAAACUCCAAGAACAACUCUUGGAAAUAAAUAUUCUCACCUCUUAAUCAGAGAUUAAAUUCCCCAGGAGUGAAGCAUUCUAAAUCGACUUAUUUCCAACGUGCACUAACGCUGAUUUAAUAUAAAUAUGAACAAUAUAUGUGUAUGAAGCAAAACCUAAAAUAAAUACAAAGAGAUUUAGGAUCAAGAGGGGUAUAUGAUGGACAAGAAUUGCUGGGACAGUUUCCCAUUUAUUAAUAUUAUUAUUUUUUGUUUUAAUUUAAAAAUAGUUGAUGGCAACUUAAAACCAAUUUAAAGGGACUUUAAACUGCUGGGUACAAUUACUACUCACAAUUCUAUUUUUUUUCCUUCUGUGCCUGAAGCACUCUUUAAAGGGACAGUAUACACUCAUUUUCAUAUAACUGCAUGUAAUAGACACUAUUAUAAAGAAUAAGAUGCACAGAUACUGAUAUAAAAAUCCAGUAUAAAACUGUUUAAAAACUUACUUAGAAGCUGUCAGUUUGGCUCUGUUGAAAAAGUAGCUGGAAAGCCCACUGUAAGUGAGAAAUAAGACACUCCCCCCUCCCCCUUCUUUUGCAUAUGAAAAGACCCUUUACACAAACAGGAGCAAGCUGGAGAAGGUAGCUGACGGUAUUCACAUAAAACUUUGGGGCUUGGUUAGGAGUCUGAAAAUCAGAGCAAUGUUAUUUAAAAAUAAGCAAAAAUAUACAUUAUUUAAAAAAAAAAACUUUAUGGGCUAUAUAAAUAGAUCAUCUACAAAACAUUUAUGCAAAGAAAAAAUGAGCGUAUAAUGUCCCUUUAAAGCCUUUCUCUUACUGUAACUCUUUAAGUGCUGGUUAGUGACGUUCUGCAUCUUCAAACUGGGCGCCGCCAUCUUGAAAUGAAAAUAGGGAUCAACAGGUGACGUGUGACAAACGCAGAUUGUACAGCAAGGACAGACGCUAUUAGCCCAGUGGUCUAGAAUGUGCUUUAUGUAAUCACUGUUCUUGCCAUAUUUGCCAUUUAUAAAGGUAUCAUUUUAUUAAAUGCAACAAGUUAAAGAGAUGUAAAAAAAAUAUAUAUUAUUUAAAGUCUA